AAAUUACAGGCCUCAUCUUUUUAAGUGGGAGAACUUGCACAAUUGGUGGCUGACUAAAUACUUUUUCGCCCCACUGUACAUUUGUGAAAAGUAGUGAACGUUUACACACUUCAAGAUUACACACUUCAGGAGAAAGGAGGUAUUAUAAGGAUGCACGGCUAAAGUAAUCAAAUGUUUGGUCUGAUGAUAUUCUAUGUACAAUACUUCCUGUGGUCAUCAGGACAGAGCUAGUCCGUCCCCCUCCACUCUGCCGGAGUCCCCAGGUCACAACUCUCCUGGUAGCACCUUACUGCUGGGUCUGAAGAGGGUGUCUGUGUUGUUGGUCGCCUGCAGGAAAACACCAGGGCAGAGUGGAACUGUGAGAGAAGGACACGUGGAGGUAGAUUUGAUUUCAUCAAGGGACAUACACUGUUGUUCUAUCAGUGGGAGGGGCUUAUCAUCUGGGGAUCCUCAACAACAUCCUGUUGCUGACGAGACAGAGAAGAGUCUCUCCAGAUCAGAACAUCUCAAGAAACACCAGCAGAGACAUACAGGGAAGAAACCUCACCACUGCUGCUCUGGCUGUGGGAAGAGUUUCACAAGCCAGAGUGGCUUCAUUAUUCACUGUGAUCAGUGUGGGAAGAGUUUUGCUGCAUCUAACACCUUCAAAUCUAAUGUAAGAAUUCAUACAGGGGAGAAGCCUUACCCCUGCCUUGAUUGUGGGAAAAGCUUUGUUAGUGCAGGAGCCUUAACCGUACACCAGAGUGUACACACAGGAGAGAAGCCUUAUAGCUGCCAUCAGUGUGGGAAGAGCUUCAAUCAUUCUGGCAACCUGACUAUACACCAGCGAACACACACAGGAGAGAAGCCUUAUAGUUGUGAUCAGUGUGGGAAGAGCUUUGCUGUAUCAGAAAAACUAAUGAGACACCAGCGAACACACACAGGAGAGAAGCCUUAUAGUUGUGAUCAGUGUGGGAAGAGCUUUGCUGUAUCAGAAAAUCUAACUAGACACCAGCGGAUACACACAGGAGAGAAACCUUAUAGCUGUGAUCAUUGUGGAAAGAGCUUUGCUGUAGUUUCCUCUCUGACUGCACACCAGCGAACUCACACUGGAGAAAAGCCUUACAGCUGUGGUCAGUGUGGGAAGAGCUUUGCUGUCAUUUCCUCCCUGACUGCACACCAGCGACGACACACUGGAGUGAAGUCUUAUAGCUGUGAUCAGUGUGGGAAGAGCUUUGCUGUAUCAGAUAAACUAACUAUACACCAGCGGAUACACACAGGAGAGAAGCCUUACAGCUGUGGUCAGUGUGGGAAGAGCUUUGCUCAAUCAGAUAAUCUAACUAGACACCAGCAGAUACACACAGGAGAGAAGCCUUAUAGCUGUGAUCAUUGUGGAAAGAGCUUUGCUUUAGCUUCCACCCUGACUGCACACCACAGAACACACACAGGAGAGAAGCCUUAUACCUGUGAUCAUUGUGGAAAGAGCUUUAAUCAGUCAGGGACCCUGAAAUCACACAAGCAAACACACACUGGAGAGAAAGAAGCCUUAUAUCUGUGAUCAGUGUGGGAAUUGUUUCAGUCAGUUAUGGACCCUUUAUUCACACCAGUGAAGACACACUGGAGAAGGAACCUUUUGUCUGUCCAGGUGUGAAGAGCUUUGUUUAUUUAGGGCCAAUGAGAAAAAAACAGAAAGCACAAACUUGCUGUAAUUAGAUAACCUGAAUUCACACCAGCGAAUACACCCCGUGGAGAAGCCUUAUAGCUGUUUCAUCUCCCUCCCUUCUGGCACCGGUUCCAGAUCCCUAAAUAAAGGAUAAAAUUAAAUCAAAUGUAUUUAUAUAGCCCUUCUUACAUCAGCUGAUAUCUCAAAGUGCUGUACAAAAACCCAUCUUAAAACCCCAAACAGCAAGCAAUGCAGGAUCAGUAGGAAACAUCUAGUGAACAGUCAUAUCCAUCUCCCAUUCUUAAACAGUUGCCUCAGUCUGAACACCAUGGUAACUUCUGUGUAGCAUAAUAUGCAGCUCUGAUCUAGGAUCAGUUCUCCCCU